CUCUUGACUAUAUUCCAUUGCUCACUACAAAAGAACAGUACCGGUGACAGUAACGACCAUAUACACAGUUUUUAGACGUUGAUGCUUUCAGGGCACACGGCUACCCUAUUGAUACCGCUUAGAUGAAGGCAGCUGGAUACAUGGAAGUCCUCUGAUAAACUUAUGUUGCAACUCUCGGGGCGCCAAGGCGUCUAAAAAGAGUCCGCGCCGUUUCUGAAUACCGGUAACAGUGACAUCGAGUUUCGCAUAAGCUGCACAUAUUUGUGCUUCCUCAAAAGGAAGGUUUAGCUUUGAGCCACAGUUUGCGCCUUAAAUGAUUAGCUUGGGUAGCCGCAACGCCCGGCAUGCAACCAAAGCAGCUGGCUGGGUGCCCUCCGCCCACGGUCGCCACAGCUACGCGGCAAGCUAAGCUGCGGCCCCUAUGGCGCUCUAUGCAGGCGUCCAUCCGCACACCUGGUGGAGAGCCAGAUGAGGCGCAAGCCCCGGACCGAUCAACGAGCGAGCCCCGGAACCCGGCUCAAAACGACGAUUCGCAGCAACAGGUAGCAACGGUGGUGGCGGGCCCAGUGCUGGAGCAUCUGCUGGUUCCAACGGUAAUCGGACCCUACGCUAGCGCCGAUGGCCCUCCGUAUUCGCUCGACGCAGCGGCUGCAGCUGGAUCAGCUCUGGGCCUGUUCGGCGGUCGCUGCAUUCUGACAAGAAGUUCUGAUGAUGCAGCAGCCGCUGCCAGAGUCAGCGGGAGCGCCGGGCGAAGAAGUCCUGAGCCGGCACACCUGGGCCAGGCGCGUGACUUGGCAAUAAGCGCGAUGGUCUUGUCAGAGCUUGUUGGAAUGCUUUCUGGACACGGGAGAAAGAUCUCGCCGGACGAGAUGCGCCAUGUCAUGGCGAGCCUCGACGCGAGCUUGCAGGGCAUCCCGGGCACCGGUGUCGCGGGCACCAUGCCGCCUGAGUGCCUACGCGAUCUGGGUCUGCACCUGCCCUGGCACACGUCUGCGCCUCAGCAGCCUUCAGGCCCGCAGUUCCAGCCAUCAUCGCAUCCGCUGUCCUCCCAGCUUGCUGCUGCUGCUGCCUCAGCGCCAAGCGUCAAAGCACACCAGCCGUCCUCCGCAUCCUACGCAAGCGCGGAACCAUGUUUAGAUUCCGCAGCGCCAUCAAGCUGUGCGCAAUGGUCGACUCCACCCGACCAUCCUCCUGCGGUUCACCUCCCAGGGCUCGUGGCAAGCUCAGCUGCGCUGAUGUGUGCGGGGUCGUCCGACGCUGCGUCACAAACACGCGAAAUCUUUAGCACCGUGCUGUGCAGUCUGUUUGACGAGCUAUCGCAGGCCUGCGUUGGCGCAGGCGGCGGCAGCGGCACUACAUCUGGGGGGAACGGCGGUGGUGUUCCAAGAAGCGGCGGUGGCUCAGGGAAAAGUGAUGCCGGUGGUGCAGGUGGAAGCGCCGGGGACGAUGACCUGGAUACCAGUACUGGCGGCGGCGAUCGAAGCAGC